CUUUUGGGUUGGUAACGCUGGUUUGGCAGGUUAGUUUGGUUCAUAGACCGCUUUGGUUUUUUUGGUUAAAUCAUGGAGUUGGGCUGUCCAUGUGGUUUUUAACUACCAUUUGAUUGUGAGUUUUUCUGUAGUUAAAGAUGAAACUGAACGUAUCGUAUCCUGCUACAGGAUGUCAGAAGCUUUUCGAAGUAGUAGAUGAACAUAAAAUUCGUAUCUUCUACGAAAAGCGUAUGGGACAAGAGGUGGAAGCUGACCCAUUAGGCGAUGAAUGGAAAGGCUAUGUCCUAAAGAUCUCUGGGGGAAACGACAAGCAAGGUUUCCCCAUGAAACAGGGGGUCCUCACGAACAGUCGUGUCCGAUUGUUGUUGUCGACAGGGCACUCAUGCUACAGACCCAGACGACAAGGUGAGCGCAAAAGGAAAUCAGUCCGUGGAUGCAUUGUGGACGGCAAUUUGGCCGUGAUCGCCCUGGUUGUGGUACGUAAAGGGGAGCAGGAAAUCCCUGGACUCACCGACACCACGGUGCCCCGUCGACUUGGGCCGAAACGAGCCUCCCAUAUUCGUAAGCUGUUCAACUUGAACAAGGACGACGAUGUAAGACAAUACGUUGUCAAGCGCCCACUUCCAUUGAAGGAGGGCAAGAAGCAGCGCUACAAGGCUCCCAAGAUUCAGCGUUUGGUGACUCCGGUGGUUGUGCAGAGGAAGCGUCAUCGUUUGGCCCUGAAGAAGAAGAGGUGCCUCAAACGCAAGGAGGAAGCUGAUAACUAUGCCAAGUUAUUGGCACAGCGGAAGAAGGAAUCCAAAGCGAAGAAAGAGGAGGCCAAAAGGCGCCGUUCGGCCAGCACCAGGGACAGCCGUUCGAGCAUUAAUAGCAAAUAAAGUGCAUAAUACAGUUUGUGGACAUUUCAACAGCACAACUCGUUGUACUUUCCUCAAAUAAAACAACCAAACACGAA